CCCCCAAAUGGAGGAGAAAGCGAAAAUUUGAAAUACGAAACCCUAAAUUCAUCUAUCCCCAGAAACCUUUUUCGGUUGCUCCUUUUACGUGUUCUUCACCAACUUGAUUAAGGUUUUGGUCUUCAUUGGUUUUGGAUUUUACGACUCCGAGUCAGAUAGCACAAUGUUGAAGUUCCUGUCGAGAGUGAAAAUCGAGUUCAACGCGUUGGAUCCUCGAACGGCGUCGUGUAUGGAAUUUCUGGCGCAAUGCAACUCGCGUAAGGCGAAGGAAUCGAACCCGGCGUGCGAAGUGGAGGUAAAGCGCGGCAAGGUAGAGUGCGCGCCGCAGAUAACAGUGACAUUCGUGAACGGCGUGGAGGAAUUGUUCGACGCGACGGCGACACCGGCACAGAGCAUAAGAAACUUGAUUCUGGAAAAGGGUCGGCAGCUCGAGACGGAGCAGAUGUUUCGUGAAGCAGGGGAAUCCUGGCCCGUUAUCAUCCCCGACGAGGAGCUUUCUCAAAUUGCACCCCCUACCAAACCAAGGAAAGCAGAAGACAAGAAGCAAUAGCUAAAAAUUCUUGAGCUUAUUAACUGCUGGGGAUUGUUCUGGUUUUUCUUUUUUCCUUUUGGUUAGCGGAGAAAAGGCAUCCGAUUGCUGCUGCUUCAUGCCUUACUUUAUUUCAGCAUCUAAUUAUUGACUACAUGAUUGCAUAUGUUUUCCAUAAUAAUGUAUGCCCCUCAAUUGCUGAAUUUUGAAACUGUAAUCUUGUCGAUCUUGCUUUUUUCUUUCUUCUGGUUUGCACCUACAGUGUUUCUAUGUCAAUGCUCUCUAUAAAGUACGAAUAUUGUGAACAUAAGCUGCCAAAUCACAUCAGAUUAUUGAUUCAGAAGCACAACACACAGAAACACAAACCUUUGAAGUUUGGCUAUCAA